AUGUGGGGGUGUGGCGAGCGGAGCAGAGGAGGCUCAGUGGGCGCAGCCGCCGCGCGGAGGCGGAGCAGGACGCAGCACGGCGCGGGCGCGGCCGGGCGUAGCCACCGUGACCGGGCGCGCGCGAGCGGCAACAGUAUUAGUAGCAGCGGCGUCAACCCAACAGCAAGCGGCAGUGGCAGCUUCAGCAGUAGGGAAGGAGGCGCGCGCGGGCGCGCAGCGGGGGGUUCAGGCGGAGCGCGCGGUGAGCGCGACAGGGGCGCGGAGUGCUGGAGGCUCGGGCGCGACUCCGCGCGAGAGAGCGCGCGUGGGGGAAGGGGGGAGGAUGGGGCCUCACCACGGGGCCGUAGGGACAGGGCAGUGGGUGUCGAGGAGGAGGACGGGGACGACGGCGUUGACGGAGAUGCGGAGGCAGGCCGCCGUGGUGGCUCCGGCGAGGUCCAGGCAGUACGAGGCGGCAACGGGUGGCGCGGUCGGCGCGGGCUCCGGGCGACGACGAACGCCGUCGGGCGGGCGCAGGGCGAGCGGCGGCAAGCGCAGGGGCGCUGCCCUGAUCUGGAUCGGGAUGAGGGGGGAGACGAGGGAGGGAGUGAGGGGGAUCUGGGCUAG